UUUAAAGGAGACGGACACAUUUUUUCGGGCUAUGUUCAACAUCGCCACGAUUAGCAGGAUGAAACAUUGUGUCACAUAACUAGUUAUACAACAUCAUCUAUCUUGUGGCAGCUCAUUAUUAAUUUUGCUAUUUUUUAAAGGCAAUUUUAAACAAAAAAAGGCAUAUUUGAGAGCUAUACGAUACACUUUGCAACGUUUUUCAUCAUGUGCUCUGAAAUGCUUCCUGUUGGCAGCCCGGUAAGUAAAUAAAGGACAGCUUGGUAAAAGUUCCUCCAACAUUCUCCACUUGGGACUUGGACGUGAUGGCGGCUCUUGUCUGGACGCGCUGCGGCACCAACACCUUAAAGACCUCCAUCACCAACACCUUCUUAACCAACACCUUAAAGACCUUCAUCGCCGCCGCCAAAGGCAGCAGAAUCUCAACUACUCGUCCUUUCUCCUGGGCGACGUCUGGAAGGACCGCCAGUCUCCUCACAAGUGGAGGUGCAGCCAUCCUGGUGGGAGUCCCCACCUUCUCCAGUUUGGUGUAUGGAUCCUACAAGAAGGUGCAGAGGUCAGCUGUGGUCCUGGCUUUAGAAAAAGACGAGGUUCUAGAGCAGGCAGACUACCUUUACAGCUGUGCUGAGACGGAGAAACUCUACCAACUACUUCAGCAGUACAAAGACAGUGACAAUGCAGAGUUCCUGUGGAGGUUGGCCCGGGCGUCACGUGACAUGUCAGUACUUCCUGAGGUGGACGCUGACAGGAAGAAGCAGCUGAUGUAUGAAGCCUACCAGUAUGCUACCACGUCUCUGGAGAGAGACGACUCUUGUUAUGCAGCACACAAGUGGUAUGCAAUAUGUCUGAGUGAUGUGGGCGAGUACGAGGGAGUCAAAGUGAAAAUAGGAAAUUCUUACACAAUUCGGGAACAUCUUGAGAGAGCACUCACACUCAACCCCAAAGAUGCAACCUCCUUCCACAUUCUGGGUUACUGGUGUUUUGUGUUUGCUGAGUUGCCAUGGUACCAACGCAAGGUGGCAGCCGUCCUGUUCUCCUCUCCUCCCACAUCCACCUACCAGGAGGCUUUGCAGUUCUUCCUGCGAGCAGAAGAAGUGGAGCCCAACUUCUACAGCAAGAACAUGUUGAUGCUGGGCAAGACCUACCUGGCCCUUAAGGAGCCUCACCAGGCUCAGCUGUGGUUGACCAAGGCCAGAGAUUACCCUGCACACACCCUGGAGGACAAGGAGACUUUGAAUGUUGGCAGUCAUCCGAGCGUCCAUGUUGACAUGUUUGUGUUCCAGGAGGAUGUGGAGAGGGCAGUAACGCUGCUGUUGUCACAGAGUGGCUUUUUUACACCGAGCAAGAACACAAGCAGGAAGUUGAGUCAAGAGUCGGAGAAACAAGACAAAUAUUGA